UCGCGUUAGCGCAUGUACCGUCGUACCACCUACGAUCAGUUGCACAUUCGUUGUGCUUCCAUGGGAUUGUUGGUGUUGCGCUUCCGUUGCUCCGUGUUCUAACUGGCUUCAGUGGUUACGAGUAAUCACAGUGUUUGCCUAUACAAUAGUCGUGCAAGUGCGAUAGUCGACACACAUCGACGAAUUACGCUGUCCGUGUGCAGUGAUACGUGAUCGAUAGUGCAUAAUAGAUCGUGACGAACCGGUAAACUUCAUGCCCGCAACGUGCGACGAGCCGUCGUCCGCCUUUCCGUUUAGCAAACCGAGCAACACGCAUCGCGUCUACGCAACGGCACGCACGUCGCGGUCUGUGACUGAGAAUCCGCAGCACGUGCUGCUUUAACGUCGGCAAUUGGCUACUUUUGUUUAUCAUAUAGGCAAUCGCGUCGCGAUCGCGCAUAGUACCUGCGAAAGUAAUUAAAGAAAGGUUAGCGAUGGGUAUCUUUAGCGGUCAGCAAUGUUGUCCACAAGCGGUGCAGCACGAGGCGAUGGACAUCGACGUCCCACAAUUCUUUCGCAGAAAUUGCAAGCGGUCCUGGGAUUAUGAGCCGUGCGACGUAGAACCGAAAAGGUUUCGGCGAGAAACAGGUAACGGCCACAUUCACUAUGAAACGGAAAACACGAAGACUUACACAAUGGACCAGAUGCAAGACCCACCGUCGUCGGUAUAUUUAAGUACCACAGGCCAUAAUUACCACUCCUAUUUCUUGCCCGUCGAUAAAUCUAGUUCAAUAAGUGACUCAGGUUGUAAAUAUAUUUCGUCGAGCAACAAUUCUAAGUCAAAUAAGAGCGAUGCAGAAUAUGAGAGAAUGUUAUUUGAGACACAUGGAUGCACUGUAUACCAUCAUCAACGGACUCAAUUGUUGGAUAAUGACCAUAUCGAGACAGAAUUCUGAACAAAACGUCUGGCAGCUAACAGUUUGACAUUUUUAACUAUAUUUAUACUUGUGCUAGAAAAUUUUAUUGUGUACGCAUUAACGAUACAUGAAUAGAUAUAUUGUAAAAAUGAGAGAAUAAAAAAAUGUACAUUACUUUUGUAAAACAGUAUUUCACAGAUUCACAUAUGGAAAUUUAAUAAUAAGUCUUGACAUAUAUUUUGUAAAUCUCAAAAUAGAGACAAAAGUUUUGUAAACUGUAAUACAUUACAAUAUAACAGCUGUACUUUGUUAUGUAUUAUAGUUUUGUACGUGGACACACAAUAAAUACUUACUUUUCUAA